CUAAUGCCCACAUAUCAUAGACUCGCGAGAUUGCGCGAGGGGCAUAAGUUGAAGGAAACAUGGCGACGUCUAAUUUGUUAAAGAAUAAAGGCUCCUUGCAAUUUGAGGACAAGUGGGACCUGAUGAGGCCCAUCGUUCUCAAGCUGUUGAGACAGGAGUCUGUAACCAAGCAGCAGUGGUUUGACCUCUUCUCAGACGUCCAUGCUGUGUGUCUGUGGGAUGAUAAGGGCCCAGCUAAGAUCCACCAGGCCCUUAAAGAAGACAUCUUAGACUUCAUCAAGCAAGCUCAGAAUCGUGUGUUGAGUCACCAGGACGACACGGCGUUACUGAAGGCCUACAUCGUGGAGUGGAGGAAGUUCUUCACACAGUGUGACAUCCUGCCCAAACCGUUCUGUCAGCUGGAGAUCACACUGAUGGGGAAGCAGGGAAGCAACAAGAAGUCUAACGUUGAGGACAGCAUUGUACGCAAGUUAAUGUUGGACACGUGGAACGAGUCGAUCUUCUCUAAUAUAAAGAGCCGUCUACAGGAUAGUGCUAUGAAACUGGUACACGCUGAGAGGCUGGGGGAGGCCUUUGACUCCCAGCUGGUUAUUGGAGUACGAGAAUCAUACGUGAACCUGUGCUCCAACCCUGAAGAUAAGCUACAGAUCUACAGAGAUAACUUUGAGAAGGCCUACCUAGAUUCGACUGAGAGGUUCUACAGAACACACGCCCCAUCAUACCUACAGCAGAAUGGAGUUCAGAACUACAUGAAAUAUGCAGACACAAAGUUAAGAGAAGAGGAGAAAAGAGCAGUUCGAUACCUGGAGACUCGUCGUGAAUGUAACUCUGUUCAAGCCCUGAUGGAAUGUUGUGUGAAUGCUUUGGUGACGUCCUUUAAAGAAACCAUCCUGGCAGAAUGUCCAGGAAUGAUCAAACGAAAUGAGACUGACAAGCUCCAUCUGAUGUUUUCCCUGAUGGACAAGGUUCCCAGUGGGAUUGAGCCCAUGCUGAAGGACCUGGAGGAUCACAUCAUGAAUGCUGGGCUGGCUGAUAUGGUGGCUGCUGCAGAGACCAUCACUUCUGACUCUGAGAAGUACGUGGAACAGCUGCUGACAUUGUUUAACCGCUUUAGUAAACUGGUGAAGGAAGCGUUUCAGGAUGACCCUCGAUUCCUCACUGCCAGAGACAAGGCCUACAAAGCUGUAGUGAACGAUGCCACAAUAUUUAAACUGGAGCUGCCACUCAAACAGAAAGGGGUAGGUCUGAAGACCCAGCCAGAGUCUAAGUGUCCAGAGCUGCUAGCUAACUACUGUGACAUGCUGCUGAGGAAAACCACCCUCAGCAAGAAGCUCACCUCAGAGGAGAUAGAAGUCAAACUCAAAGAAGUGCUGCUGGUGUUGAAGUAUGUUCAGAAUAAGGAUGUCUUUAUGAGGUACCAUAAAGCCCAUCUUACCCGAAGACUCAUCCUGGACAUCUCAGCUGACAGUGAGAUAGAGGAGAACAUGGUGGAGUGGCUCAGGGAGGUCGGGAUGCCUGCAGAUUAUGUGAAUAAGUUGGCCAGAAUGUUUCAAGACAUCAAAGUGUCAGAUGAUCUCAACCAGGUGUUCAAGGAAAUGCACAAACACAACAAGCUGGCUUUACCAGCUGACAGUGUGAACAUAAAGAUCCUGAAUGCUGGGGCAUGGUCGAGGAGCAGUGAGAAGGUGUUUGUGUCCCUGCCCACUGAGCUGGAGGACCUCAUCCCCGAGGUAGAAGACUUCUACAAGAGGAACCACAGUGGCAGGAAGCUUCACUGGCACCACCUAAUGUCCAACGGCAUUAUUACCUUCAAGAACGAAAUGGGUCAUUAUGAUCUGGAGGUUACGACCUUUCAGCUGGCCGUCCUGUUCGCCUGGAACCAACGGCCACGGGAAAGAAUUAGCUUCGAUAACCUUAAACUGGCCACUGAGCUGCCUGAUGCUGAGCUACGACGCACACUUUGGUCCCUGGUAGCGUUCCCUAAGCUGAAGAGGCAGGUGUUGUCCUACGAGCCUUCUGUAUCCUCCCCUAAGGACUUCACAGACAGUACCCUAUUCUACGUCAACCAGGACUUCUCUCUCAUUAAAAAUUCCAAGGUCCAGAAACGAGGCAAGAUUAAUUUGAUUGGUCGACUGCAGCUAACCACAGAGCGAAUGAGAGAAGAGGAGAACGAGGGCAUUGUCCAGCUGAGAAUAUUACGAACCCAGGAGGCCAUCAUCCAGAUCAUGAAGAUGAGGAAGAGGAUCAGUAACGCACAGCUGCAGACAGAGCUGGUUGAGAUCCUCAAGAACAUGUUUCUGCCCCAGAAAAAGAUGAUCAAGGAACAGAUCGAGUGGCUUAUCGAGCACAAAUACAUCAAACGGGACGAGACAGACAUCAACACCUUUAUCUACAUGGCAUAGAACCCUGCUGUUUGGAACCACCUACCUACUACUUUACCCACCAGGGCUCUGACAGCUGCAGGGGAAUGAAGAGACCCAGGAAGAGAAUGGUUGUUUCAGAACAAGAUGAUGUCUAUGUCGGGUGGGUGGUUUUUCCAGUUGGUUGAUUUGAUGUAGUCUUCAGACUGGGGCGCCCCCCAGGGGUCAGGGAGAGAUGAACAGGAGGGAUGUGGGACUGACUGACUGCCAGUCUGUUUCACAGUAGUGACAUUAUGAAAUCAAAUGAAUUGUCCCUGCCUUACCCUCCUCCAGCAGUCCACACAUAAAUGACAGACUGACGGGGGAACUUAUGGACUAGUAGUCUAUCAUUAUGGGGUGGACGUGGAGAGCACGCUGUCACGGAAAGGAUGUAUUUUGCCAAAUGUACUGUGUGUGUGUGUAUCUGUGUGUGUGUGUGUCUGCACUUCGACAGCUUGCUGCUCUGUGGAAGUCUUGCAAUCAUCUAAGAUCCCGUGGCAUGUUUGUUUGAGUUCGGCCCUCCCCUCCAGAACCCCCCCCCCCCCCCCAGCCACUGCCACGCUUCUCAUGGCUCCUCACGUACCAGCCAGUCGCUGAAUGAGAACAGACAGAUGGGAACUUGCACUUUUCUCUGUUUUCUACCAUGUUCAUUUGGUCUGCAUGGCUUUAUAUAUAUAUAUAUAUACUUUCUCUAUUUCAACACUCAUCUCUUUUUGUGAACGUGUGUGUGUGUGUGUGUUGUGUGUAUUUUUUUUGCUGUACAGCGCUAUCCAAUCAAAAGUCACAUCUCUAAAGAUAUUAGAAUCUCCUCUACCACCCCUCACAGCCAGUGGAUGCCAGCUGUAUUGUGGUCUGACUAUGAGGGGAGGUCAUCAAUGUUUAUUACCCAGGUGGCCUCCCAAAGAGCCCCUAUUCCUUCUGUACUGCUUUACUUUUGACCAGGGCCUCGUUUCCCACAGCCUUCUCAGUAAUUAGAUCACAAUCACCAUAUUGACUUCACUAAGACCUUUCCCAGAACCUUUGUUAGUAAUGUGGCUCUGAAAGAUCAUUGCACAUAAUUAAUCAGACCGCUCGUUAGCGGGGGGUUAAAUCAGCCUUUCUGAUUUGGAAAACCAAUAAAGAACAAAGUUCUUUGACAAAGUUGCCAAAGGAUUUUCAGUUGUUAUAAACAAAUUAAGAAUAGAAGUAUGCUUUGGAUAAAAUCUGAAAUUAUUGGAUUAACAGAAAUCGGCAAGCCUACGAUUUUACACCUGACCUAAAAAUUAAAUAAGGCUGUUUCAUGUUUAAUCUAAAUUAUAUUUGGCGACUCCUAUUUUUGGUGAUUUGAAUACAUUUGUAUCAAUGUGACAUUGUGCCGUAUUUGAUAUUUAGCAUCUACCAAAGCAUAAUGUGCUGCCUCAAAUAGCCUAUUUAAAGCUAUAAUUGUUAAUAUCUAUAUAGGGGUUGUGCCAUUAGUCUUGUGGAUGGAUUCUAAUUAUAAUUGAAGAUUUCAGUGUAGAAAAUUCUAUUUGCGCCUGUCCAUUUUGGAACCUCAUCCAAUAGCUCAUAAAAAAUGUAUGACUUUAGCUAGUAAAUAACUUAAUAUCUGGAACAGUCAUCAUUGUAACACGUUACGUAAACUCUGGGAAACAAGGCCGUCAGAAGUAGUUUAUAUUCCCUAUAUAAUGGUUAGGGUGUCCCAGUAACAUCCCUGCAAUGCAAUCCAUUUACUGGAGCACUUCCUGCAGUGAGAGGUCAUGUUGCCAAAGCAACUGCACUGCAGUGUUGAUUUUAUUAAUGUAUUUGACCCACCAACCUUUCCAGAACACUGUAUUGCAGCAUGGUAAGAGUGUGGAGAAUGGAGUGCGGCUGGAAGAUGCAGAAAAGUGUUUGUUGUUCUAAUUGCACUGGGAACCCCAUGUUUUUAAUGUGGCUCGCCAUAGGAGAGACUGGAGGGGGAGGCGUUUAUACCUAGCACCUAUGCGAGGGUGUGGCUGUGUGGAGUUGAAUUGACUUGUUUAUUUAUUUCCUAUUUAUAUCAGAAUGUGGUUUGUUUGUAUUAGUUUGUUUGCCAUGCAAGUGUUUGAUAAGUAGGUCCAGUCUAGGGGGUCACUAGGUGUACAUAGCCACUGAUGAUUAUUGAUUUGAUUUUGAUUAGCGUCUCCCCAUGAAAUGAAUGAGCUGCCAGGUUUACUCUUGUCAUAGGGAGUGUUCCAAAUGGCAUCUCUGGUUAAUGUAGUGCACUGGGUAGGGAAUGAAGUGCCAUUUGCUAUGUGGUGAAGUUUUGGAUUCUCCCACCGAUUUGAAUCCAACUAGAUUGGAAUCAGUAUUGACACCUCAAGACAAUGAUUGUCAGAUGAAACAUUACUUGGGAUAAACCAUUAGGGGGUUUAAACAAAUACACUUACAUUUCUUACUUAACUAUUUGGAAUUUUGACAAAUCACUGAUGUGAUAGUUUAAAAUUCUAAUUUAGAAUUUGUGUAAGAAGCUCUUCACCACCUAGGUUUGAACUUUUUAACAUUUACUGUGAAUGACUAUCAUUUUGUUUAUAAAGUAUGCUAAUCAUUAUUGACAGUUUGAGGUUCUAUCGUCCAAUGACUGUGCAGCAGGCAGAGAGGUUUUAGUAACAUUUUAGUUUUUCAUGUCUUCUCUGACAUUCAUGGUAAAGCACCAGUGCUGAUGUCAACUAUCAGUCAACAAAUCCUGUAAUUGUUGCAUCAUAACCUGGAUAAAAAGGCUAAGUACCAAAUUAUGUGUUUCCUUUUUAGUGCGCUACUUUUCUCCAUUGCCCCUUGGGCCCUGUUCUGAACUAAUGCAAUAUUUAUGUAAUACGGUGCCAAGGUAAUGUUCAUCACUGACACAGCUAUAGUCAUGAUUUUUAGCCAUGUUCAGCAAUGUUUUUGAGGUAACACUAACAUAGGUCACUUUGAGUAGCAACAAAUUAACAGUAUUAGUUAAUGUUCAUCAAACCUUUAUAACAAAUCAUGUAUUUUUCCUCUGCACAGGCAUUUCAGCUCCGAACAGUUCUUAUUGUGGUUAUAAGAAACUAGAAAGAUAUUGUUCUAGUUUCUUUCUAGUAAUAUAUUGUGUGGUUAUGAUUAUGACAGUAAUGACUGUGGACAGAUGGGCAAUCAUAAGAGCAUCUCUCCCUCCCUCAGCUUCUUCCCUCUCAGUGGUUUAUGCAUAUCUGGAGCCUUGAGUGAAAAACUUGAAAAAUUAGGUUUUUAUCAAUCAUAACAUUUACAGUUGAAUGUGUGCCACUAAUUUGAAUAAGGAUAUAAAGCUGUAUAUUGUUUGAAUGGAAGUAUUCUGGCUGUCGGGCUCAACUACUUUGCUGUGCAACAUUGUUCUUUUUUUAAGUUCUAGCGAUUUCCUGUCAAAAUAAAAAAAAAUGUACUGUAAA